AUGAAUGCCAGAGGGAGUAUGGGGAAUAAAUCUGUUCAGGAGCCCCCGUAUGCGAUGGGCAUCCGACCAGAACACGUCACCGAGUUCGAACGCCUUCUCUGGUUCGAACCAAAAUAUGACGCGCGCUCAUCAAACGAGUACUGCAUCCGAUAUGACAGCGACGACUCGACACUCUUUACCGUGACGGGAAUGAAAUACAACGAAAAAUGUACGCGCGAGUUCCGCGAUUCGUCCGGCCUCCCCUUGUUCGAAAGCCAGAAGGUCUGGUCGCCGGGCUGGAGAUAUAGACGGCCGUGGCGAGUUCGAUUGCCAGGGAGCAAGAAGGCAGACCUGGUCGAUAUCCGAUUCACGUGCGCGAUGGGUAACCGCUUCGAGGUGAAUUUCCGCAAUGCAGUUGCGCAGGACACCAAGAACGAGGACGACAACAUGGUCCAUCUCGUGGUGCACCGCGUCUCGCCGGUCUACCGGGUGUACGAGGUGAGAGUGGCCGGUAUCAAAGUCGUGGAUAUACGCGAAAGCAUGGAACGGAACCGAUCCGUGCCGACAGGUCGGUACAAUUCAAGGGGAGGGACAUUGCCCCCUCGGUUGGUCAUGGAGAUGUUAGUGGCUGAGAAUUUUGAUAUGUCUCUGGUAAGCUUUGGGAAUCGAUCAGAGGAAUGA